AUGGAAGGUGCCGACGCCUCCAGGAGCAAUGGGGCCAGCCCGGAAGCCAGGGACGCCCGCAGUCCACCGGGUACCAACGGCAGCCUGGAGAACGGCACUAAAGCAGACAGCAAGGAUACCAAGACAACCAACGGGCACAGUGGGGAGGUGACGGAGGGCAAAACCCUGGGCAGUGCCCUGAAGUCAGGGGAGGGGAAGAGUGCCUUGUUUUCCAGCAAUGAGUGGCGCAGGCCUAUCAUCCAGUUCGUGGAGUCGGUGGACGACAAAGGCUCCAACUACUUCAGCAUGGACUCUGCGGAAGGCAGGAGGUCUCCUUAUGCGGGGCUCCAGCUGGGGGCUUCCAAGAAGCCGCCCGUGUCCUUUGCUGAGAAGGGGGAGCUGCGAAAGUCCAUAUUCUCUGAGCCCCGCAAACCCACGGUGACCAUCGUGGAGCCAGGGGAAGUCCGCAGGAACAGCUAUCCCAGGGCUGACUCCAGCCUUCUGCUGAGGUCUAAGUCGGGAUCCGAGGAGGUGCUGUGUGACUCCUGCAUCGGCAACAAGCAGAAGGCCGUCAAGUCCUGCCUGGUGUGCCAGGCUUCCUUCUGUGAGCUGCAUCUGAAGCCCCACCUGGAGGGUGCCGCAUUCCGUGACCACCAGCUGCUCGAGCCCAUCCGGGACUUCGAAGCCCGAAAGUGCCCCCUGCACGGCAAGACCAUGGAGCUCUUCUGUCAGACCGACCAGACCUGCAUCUGCUACCUCUGCAUGUUCCAGGAGCAUAAGAACCACAGCACUGUGACCGUGGAGGAGGCCAAGGCUGAGAAGGAGACCGAGCUGUCACUGCAGAAGGAGCAGCUGCAGCUGAAAAUCAUUGAGGUUGAAGAUGAGGCUGAGAAGUGGCAGAAGGAGAAGGACCGGAUCAAGAGCUUUACCACCAAUGAGAAGGCCAUCUUGGAGCAGAGCUUCAGGGACCUGGUGAGGGACCUGGAGAAGCAAAAGGAAGAAGUAAGAGCUGCGCUGGAGCAGCGGGAACAAGAUGCUGUGGACCAAGUGAAAGUGAUCGUAGAUGCCCUGGAUGAGAGGGCCAAGGUGCUGCAAGAGGACAAGCAGACCCGAGAGCAGCUGCAUAGCAUCAGUGACUCGGUGCUGUUUCUGCAGGAAUUUGGUGCAUUGAUGAGCAAUUACUCCCUCCCCCCACCUCUGCCCACCUACCAUGUCCUGCUGGAAGGAGAGGGCCUGGGACAGUCACUUGGCAACUUCAAGGAUGACCUGCUCAAUGUGUGCAUGCGCCAUGUUGAGAAGAUGUGCAAGGCCGACCUGAGCCGCAACUUCAUUGAGAGGAACCAUAUGGAGAAUGGUGGUGACCAUCGUUACAUGAACAGCUACACGAGCAGCUUCGGGAACGAGUGGAGCACGCCCGACACCAUGAAGAGAUAUUCCAUGUACCUCACACCCAAGGGGGGCCGGACAUCUUACCAGCCGUCAUCGCCCAGCCGCCUCUCCAAGGAGACCAACCAGAAGAAUUUCAACAAUCUGUAUGGCACAAAAGGUAACUAUACCUCCAGGGUCUGGGAGUACUCGUCCACUGUUCAGAACUCUGAGGACAUGCCCAUUGUGCAGGGCAACUCCUCCUUCUCCUUGAAAGGCUAUCCCUCCCUCCUCCGGAGCCAGGCUCCCAAGGCCCAGCCUCAGACUUGGAAAUCUGGCAAGCAGACUUUGCUGUCUCACUACCGGCCAUUCUACGUCAACAAAGGCAACGGGAUGGGGUCCAAUGAGGCCCCCUGAGUCCAACGAGGAGCUCCACAACCCCGUUCUCCCGUUGCCCCUGCUUUCCAAGAUGCUGCGUUCUUGGGGGGCAGGAGUCUGACCCAACUCUGCCCUCUUACAGCCUCUGACAGCCCCCCUCUCCAGGUUAUGUUGGCUUCCUCUGCUCCCCUAUGGGUUCCUUUUCUGCUUGGUGACAUACGGCCACUGUGAUUUCUGUGUGUGAGGCCAAGUUACCAACCACAGGGUGAGAGACAGUUGGGUUCAUUUCUUGUAACUCUCUCCUGAAGCUGGCCACCAGGCCCACACGGUGCCAGUCUCUUUCCAAUGCCCAGGCUCUGCCUUGUCCAGGCUUGGUGACCAUUUUUCUCCACCGUGGACAGUAGGUGCCCAGUUAAGGCAACCUCUCUGUGUCUAUCCCUUGGGCUUACGUUUUAUCAGCAGCACGAGUCUGUCAGGAGGAAACAGGCCCUGUGUGUCCUCUCGGAUCCCAUUUACUAAAGCCUGGCUGGCCUGGCCACACCUUAGAGGAUGCUCUCAGCAUCUUGGCUUUGCCCUGGUCCAGUUGUGAGGCUCUGCCAUGUCCACUCUGAGGCUGCAAAGCCAGAGAAUGGGCUCUCCUGCCUAGCAAGAGGAUCGUAGCCUAGAUAUUUCUCCACCAUGGCUAGGAGGAGCUGUUCCCCUGAUGUGCCACAAUGCACUCAUGAAAAUUUGCCCGUAGACUUUCACUCAUAUGGAAUUUGGGUCUCUUCCCAGCAGUAGAUGG